AUGCAUUCGAACUGGCACAGCCACCAUAGAACAUUUUUUCCUGAUGCUGUCUCUCGUUACUUUGGACCUCAGUGGCUAAAGGAUGUUCAAGGUUCCACUUACAAUGAAGACCCCAGCUUAAAGAGGCCCGACCCAAACACUUAUGGAGGCGGGGGCGCGCGCGUGCACAGGCGACGCGCGGAGGGACGAGGGAGAGGAAGCGAGCUGCCGCCGGGUCUGCUGCUGCUCCACGCCGCCUGCCGCGCUGCCCGUCCAGCGUCCGCCGCCGUGGGAGUGCACGCGGAGACCAUCUCCCCCAGAGACUGGCGCACCUUCCUGAAGCGCGGCCAGACCUGCGUGGUGCACUACACGGGGAUGCUUGAAGCUGGAAAGAAAUGUGAUUCCUCCCGGGACAGAAACAAGCCCUGUAAGUUUACUCUAGGCAAGCAGGAGGUGAUCCAAGGCUGGGGAGAAGGGGUUGCCCAGAUGAGCGUGGGUCAGAGACCCAAACUGACUGUCUCCCCAGACUAUGCCUAUGGUGCCACGGGGCACCCGGGCAUCAUCCCACCAAACGCCACUCUCGUCUUUGACGUGGAGCUUCUAAAACUGCAAUGACAGGAAUGGCCUCCUCCCUCCACUCCCUGUACUUAGAUCGGCCAUGGAGGGAUCUGGCGCCUCCAGACACGUGCAGGUGAAUCCGUAUGGAGCUUUUCCUGAUGUUCCACUACACUCUUUGUAAAAACAUCUACCCAGACUGAAUGUGUUCCAUUACUCAGCUUUGCUUCUGACAUCUCCAUUUCCUCUUCCCCUUUCUCCUCGUAUAUGUGUUGACUUAAACGAUAUGCCAUAAACCUCAAGUUACAUUCAUUUUUGGUUUUGGUUUUGGGAUGAUGAUUCAGUUUCAGUCUUUUUGGAUCUAGGUUUCCAGUUAAGUAUAUGCUCAGGUAUUAACAGCACAAAC